AUGUCUCAGGACACUGGGCUCUUUAGCAUCCGGCGCCCUCGAGAGACUCUCGGGAGCGUCCAAAACAUCUCGUCCAUACCUCUGCCGCCCUCAGCGCUCAAACGAUCGAGCUCUGUCGCAAACCUCCAAAACCCUCCAUACACUUCACAACAUGUGCGCACAACUUCCAUCGGCGGUCCCGGUUUUAAUCGACCUCAACAACCUAUUUUCUCAUCUGGAGCCGAGAAUGGGCUCUCCUCCGUCCGACGGUCCGUUUCAAGCAAUGUCUUCCACAGUGCCAGUGCCGGGCGCCAAAGCUAUGCACCCAUAUCCGCUCACCCAGUUCCCGCCCCGCAAUUGCAACGGCGAAGCAGCGUCUUUUCGCGACCAUCGACCGGUGGCGCCCUGGGUCACCAUCAAUCAUUCUUCACUCAGGCUCCAGCUCCUGCCGGUGUCCCCAGAGACCCCCGCCCGCUCAAAGACCGUAGCUUUCAGGCCAGGAUCGGUCAAGAAUUGUUAGAAUAUCUUACACAAAAUAACUUUGAGCUGGAGAUGAAACACUCUUUAACCCAGAACACUCUCAAAUCCCCAACUCAAAAGGAUUUCAACUACAUUUUCCAAUGGCUCUAUCGCAGAAUCGAUCCAGGUUAUAAAUUCCAGAAGAAUAUCGAUGCUGAGGUUCCUCCUAUUCUUAAACAGCUACGAUAUCCAUUUGAGAAGAGCAUCACGAAGUCCCAAAUCGCGGCUGUUGGGGGUCAGAACUGGUCAACUUUCCUGGGCAUGCUUCACUGGAUGAUGCAGCUAGCACAAAUGCUUGAUAGAUAUUAUUUAGGACAUUAUGACAAUGCUUGUGCGGAAGCCGGUGUGGAUAUCUCUGGGGAUAAUAUUAUUUUCAAUUUCUUGUCCAAUGCCUAUCGUGAUUGGCUUCAGGGGGGCGAAAAUGAAGAUGACGAGGUGGCAGAAAGGCGUCUCAUUCCUCAUAUUGAAGCAAUGGCGGCAGACUUUGAACGGGGCAACGAAAAAUAUGUUCUUGAAAUGCAGGAUCUUGAAGCAGAGAACCGGGACCUGCGGGAUCAAAUUGAGGAGAUGGAAAAGAGUGCGCCAGAUAUGGCAAAAUUGGAAAAACAUUUUAAGAUUCUGGAAGAUGAUAAGAGGAAAUUUGAGGACUACAAUCAAAAUGUCCAAGGAAAGAUCGCCAAGUACGAAAAUCGCAUCAAGUUUCUGGAUGAAGAGAUAAGCAAGACCGAGGAGGACUUUCAAAAAGCUGAUGAGGAGCGCCUCGAGCUACAGAAUAGUGUGGAUAAGCAGGGGAUUACAAUCCAGGAUAUCGAUCGCAUGAACACCGAGCGAGAACGCCUCCAGAAAAGUCUAGAGGAUAUCCUUGUUCAACUCGAGGAGACCCAUGCCAGAGUCAUGGAAAAGGAGGCCGAGGCUAAUAAGAGAUUAGAAUCUCUAGAGCAAGUGGUCAAGACCUACAAUUCCUUUGGUUAUCAAACCAGCUUGAUCCCCGCAUCCGCUGCAAAUGCAAACGGCCAGGACUACGAGCUUCAUCUGAACCUCAAUGAAAACAACUUUUCUUCUUCUCAGCUUGGGACUUCUCGAACCUCACCAGAGAGUGACCGUUUGCUUUCUGACACCUUCACCGGUUAUCAUCCAACAAGCCUUUUAAACCUUGACCUUCGCGGAGUCGUUCGUAGCAACUUUAUCGCUCUACGAAAAGAAAUCAAUGAACGACGGAAGCUCGCUCUUGAUGCAGAUAUGAAUCAUCGGGACCUCUUGGAUAAUAUCAAAGAGGCCAUGGACGAGAAGAGAAGUGAGGUUGAAGCUCUUGAACAUAAGCGUCGUACGGCGGAAGAGGAAUUUGAGAAUCUUAAGGAAAUCACGACUACGCAAAAAUUGACAUCGGAUUCACAGAUUGAAAAAAUGGAAAAGGAGCUUGCGAAGAUGCGUGCCACCCUUACUGAAAGCGUUCAGUUGAUGGAGCAGCGAGAGAUGAACACCAAUAUCGAAUACGAACAGCUGAUUCUUCGGGCGAAUGCUCUUCGUGAGGAACUCCAUACUGGAAUCGAAACUAUGUUGAAUGACGUGAUCAGGUUCAAGGUGCACAUCCAGAAGAGCCUGGAAGAUUACGAGAGUUUUGUAGUGGAUGAAGUCGAGCAGGAGCUCGGAGGGUACAACGCAGCUAGGCCGGAGGAUUAUGAUGACGACAAUUUUUAG